AUGCGCUCCAGCAUCGCCUGUUCCCGCUGCCGCCGGAGCAAGAUCAAAUGUGUUAAUGCUGGCAUCGACACUACCUGUCGAGCUUGCGAGUCCUCCGGCAGAGAGUGCUCCUAUCCAACUCCAGCUGCUGCCGGCGGCUGCCAUUCCUCUGCCGGCGUCAAACGUGAUAUCACUGCCUCGUCCGGCAUCGACGAUACCACUAGCAGCAGCAGCCACAACCACCACAACCACAAUCACAGCAACAGCAACACCAAUAAUAAUAACAGCAACAACAAUCACAGUAACGGUGAAUGGGAUAAUCCCAAGAGACAGAGACAUCGGAAACAUGUCAACACUUCCGUCUCGUCCAAGGACGCCAUGCUGAAGCAGAACUACAUGCUUGUCCUGGACUCGGCCAUUCUCACCCCUAAAGUAUGGGAGACGCUCUUCGAUCUCUUCCAGCAGCAUUUUGCUACCGUCUUGCCCUUCUUGCAUCCGACUACCUCUCUGGCGCAGAUCCGUCAUGGUGGUCAUGGCGGCGCUUCUUCUGCUGCUGCCACCACUACAGAUGGACAGCAUGCUACUGAUCUGUCUCAGAGUCCAGCACCAAGGACGGAGGUUUCCCCUCUGAUUCUACUCGGAGUGUUGACCCUGACGGCCAGGUUUCACCCCCAGCUGGCGCAGCAUCAUUCUCCUGCGUCGCCAGUCAGCCCGUGCAACCCAACAGCCGCCUCGGAGUUCUACGCCAGCGUCCUCAGGGCGCGGCUGGCCGGCACUGAUGGCGCAGAUAUCACUAUCACCGACCUCAGCCGCGUGCAGGCUCUGCUCAUGCUCGCCUUGCACGAGUGGGGGAUGUGUCGUGGGAAAAAUGCAUGGAUCUACCUGGGAAUGGCCGUCCGGAUGUCCCAGACUAUGGGUCUCUCCUUUGAGCCCACUGAGGACGACAGCCCCUAUCCUUCUUCCAUGCCCAUCUCUACCUCUACGCCUUCUUACCAGUACUCAUCCCGACGGCCGUCAAUGCAUACCGAACUCGACCAGCAGAGCCAGCACAGGGAGCAGCUCAACUCAGACGACGUCAUCGAGCAGGAGACCCGGCGACGGACCUUCUGGAGCUGUUUUAUCCUCGACAGAUGUCUGAGCAACGGCAGGCUGCGUCCGAGGAUGCUCAGGGUGCGUGAGAUCGGCAUCCAGCUCCCCAGCGAGAAUGCCUUCGCCUUUGGCGAGCGGGUACGGACCUCCCUGCUAAGUGACGGCAACACCGGCCGCAACGGACCCAGCAGGCGGUCACAGAGUUACGAUUCUCGUAACGGGUCGACCACCACGACUACAAACGGAGUACAGAUACCCAGUCUCAGACAGUCGAUCGGAUACGCAGACGACGUCAAGUCGAAGCCUUGGCCUCCAAUUUCCAGCCACAGGAGCGAUGGAAUGGGAGACCGCAUCGACAGGUGGGAAGUCGGUGUCGAGGAGUGCGUCCUCGGCCGACUCGUUCGGAUCAUCCGCAUCUGGGGCAGUGUUGCAAAGUGGGCGUGUGAAGGAGGCAGAAGAUCUGACCAGUGCCCUCCGUGGCACCACGAGUCCCGAUUCAACCAGCUCAGAGACCAGCUACAUGAAUUCCAGGAAGGACUGUACAGAAACCUGCAGUACAGCGCUCGCAACACCGACACCCACAUUAUGUAUAAAAACUCUCUCGCUCCAUACGCGCUCAUGCACAUAAUCUACUUUCUUUCAGUCAUUGUCUUACAUCGCGCAUACCUGCCUUUUCUUCCGCUCCGGCCCAUGGAUCCACAGGGGCCCCUGGACGAGCCAUCAUACCCGCCGGAGAGAUACAGCGUGCCCGACGGCUUCUGGAAGCACAGCGCUCGCGAACUGUUUCGCGCAGCCAGGCAGAUGGUGGAACUCGUUCGCACCUGUCAUGAACGUGGUGUGCUGAUGGAGACGCCCCUGGUCGGCUUUGCAAUCUACAACGCUGCAUUCAUGGGUGUGUACGCUGCCCACUUCAACCACAUGGAUCAGGAUGGCUACAUGUGUUUGAAACCACAGUCAACUGAUGGUGGUGUCGCCGGCUCUCCCGGUCGUACUGCAGUAACGAUGAUGGGCGCAGGCAGUCUUGCGCAGGCAGAUGUACGGAAAUCCAUUGAGAUUCUCGGUGAGAUGAGGCCCCGAUUGAAGAUGGCAGUCGGCUGGUUCCGAACUGUGCAUCGACUGCAUGGGUAUUUCUGCAAGGCCAAAAGGGACCAGAGACGUCCCUGGAGGGAGAUGAACGGUGUCGACGGACAGCAGCAACAAACAUCUCCCUAUGGCAACGGUAGCAGGGUUAUUGGCGGUGCUCAACAGCAGCACGGCAGCCAUAACCAUAACCAUAACCAUAACCGCCACGCUUCUGCCUCGCAGAUUGUCCAGAACAAUCUAUACGAGGAGCUUAGACAGUUGGACAAGGUGCUUACGGAACUGGGUAACACAGAGGACCAAACGCCCGAGAUGAGCGGGUCGGAGGACGACAUGGCUGCGAUGCUGGCUGCGAAUCCGGUCGAACACAGCAGCGAGACGCCGAGCAACGUUGUCAAGAGUGAGCCUGGCGAAGGCCCAGACACCGCUGCUGCUGGUCCCCAUGCCAGCGACGGACAUGCUGGCAGUCUGCAGCGAGACUCAUGGGUGCCAGUCAACAGCAGCGGCAGCCCUGCGUCUCACUCCCUGGGCCCCGUCUCAAAUCCAACCACGACCACUACUCCUGGCGGCGCUGCAUCCACCAUGGUGAUGAUGGCGAACGGAUGCAGGGAGAACGGCGAGAAACAGCCCUCCGACUGCGACAGGUGGCCCAUCCUCCCUGCUCCCCAACAUCAGGCAGGCCCAUCCUCUGGCUCGCCGUACAGCCUACCUCCCUUCCAGGGCACAUACCGCGAUACAGCCUCUUCGGGACACCCAACCAGCCCUCCCAGCUCAGCCGGGACAACUCUCCCGCCUCCAGUCCCAUCCGCGUCCGCUGUCACUGCACCCACCACCGCAGCCUCCUCGCCAUACUUCCCUGCGACUCCUUCGCCAUCCAACUCUAACUCAAACCACCGCCUGCAGGCCGUCCAGCCCUGGCCAACAUCCCGCCAGCCUCCUCCUCCCCCUCCUCCGCCAUACACCCAGUCACUUCCCUCCCUGAAUCUGGCCGCCCAGCAGAACUUCCCCUUACCUCCUCUCCAGCCGAGUCUAACCCACGGCGGCCAAGCACUUGGAGGUCAUGGGCAUGGGCAUGGUCCCGGGUCUGGACCAGCGCAGCAUAGUCAUACAGCAGCUCCUGGCUCAAGCAACCGAACUCCUCCCCUUUCCCAGUCGAGACUCGAUCUAGGCUCUUUCCUGGCGCCACCGCUCACUCAGCAGCAGCAGCAGCAGCAGCAACCACACCACCAACACCAACAACAAUACCAACAGCAGCAGUCGUCUAGACAUGUCUCGCCGUAUAAUUCCUAUGAUGCUAUGAACACCAACCCGCUCUGGAUGAGCAGCCUGAACGGAGAAGACGUCCUUGCCUUCAUCGAGGCUGAUAGCUUGGACAAGUGGUCUACAGUGGUACCUACGCCCAACGGUCCUCCGUCUCCAGCUUCACUGUCGAACAUGAACGGCCAGUAUCAGACAGCUGGCAACGGCUACAGCACUGCUGCCAACACCAGCACCAACGCAAACGGAUGGCUAGGCCUGAUCUGGAGCGAAUAUACCCAUUAA